UGCUGCUGUCGCCAGGGAGAGCUGCGGGGGCAGUGGGGACCUGCGGCCUGAAGUGUUUGUUCAUUAUCAACAAAUUAUUUUUCACCACAAAGAUGGAUGGGGAAGAGAAGACUUAUGGAGGCUGUGAAGGCCCUGAUGCUAUGUACGUAAAGCUGAUUUCAUCAGAUGGCCAUGAGUUUAUUGUUAAAAGAGAACAUGCACUGACAUCAGGAACAAUAAAAACCAUGUUAAGUGGCCCAGGUCAAUUUGCAGAAAAUGAAACAAAUGAAGUGAAUUUCAGAGAGAUUCCCUCCCACGUUCUAUCCAAAGUCUGCAUGUAUUUUACUUACAAAGUUCGUUAUACAAACAGCUCCACAGAAAUACCUGAAUUUCCUAUUGCGCCUGAGAUCGCACUGGAACUUCUGAUGGCAGAAAACUUAGACUUAGACUGUUAAAUAAAAUAAAUUAUGGGAAA